AUGAGGACCUUGUGGCAUGAGACGGUGCUUCGUGAGACUGAGGCCUUGUGGCAUAAGAUCGUGCCUCGUGAGAUGGAGCCCUUGUGGCAUGAGACGGUGCUUCACAAGACUAAGGCCUUGUGGCGUGAGACCGUGCCUUCCAAGACGGAGGUCUUAUGGUGUGAGACGGUGCCUCACGAGACGGAGGCCUUGUGGCGUGAAACGGUGCUUCACGAGAAUAAGGCCUUGUGGCGCGAGAUAGUGCCUCCUGAGAUGGAGGCCAUGUGGCAUGAAAUGGUGCUUCACGAGACUAAGGCCUUAUGGCGCGAGAUAGUGCCUCGUGAGACGGAGGCCUUGUGGCACGUAACCAUGCUUCGAAAGAUUGAGGCCUUGUGGAGAGAGACCGUGCCUUGUGAGAUGGAGGCCUUGUGGCGUGAGACGGUGCCUCACAAGAUGGAGGCCUUGUGA